AUGCCGGAUUCAUCAGAUUCUUCGUCGGUAAAAUCAUCACGUCGGGACAAGAAACGGCGCAAGAGAGACCGCAAAUUUCGUCGACUGGAAAAACAGGUCGGGAAGUUGCUUCGCCGUGACAGAAAACGGAAACGGUCUCCUUCAUCGUCUGAUGACUCAUCUCAGACAAGUAAACGCUCCAGGUCUCGACUGCCGUCGCCAUUUUUAGACCCUGGAAGCCAAGUCCCAUCCAAUGGGCAAUCUAAAGUCCCAUCUAAUGAGCAAACCAAGAUCUCAUCUAAUGGGAAUAAACAGAUUUCAUCCAAUGAAGAUCUUAAUAUAAUGUCAACUGGAAAUGGUUCAUCCAAGUAUGAUACUCAUUCCAAUCGAGAACACGGACACGAUGACGAUGUCCUUAUCUUGAAUGUACUGGACACUGAAACAACAGCCCUUUUAGGUGACUUACCUAAACCUGUGGCUAAGAUGGGAGCGAAACUUCAUCCCCAAAUUACCGAGCGAUGGAACGCAAUCGCAAAAACUGGGCUAAGUAAAGAGGAACGCGACAAGCUCCUCGAUAAGUAUCCUAUCCCAGAGGGACUGAUUAUUUCCGGGGCCAAGAUUAACCCCGAACUAACAUCGGCUACACCGGAUGUUGUUAAACUUAAGGAUGACAGUCUUCGCCGAAUUCAGGACCAUAUUGCUACAGCUUCCGCGGCUAUUGGCAAUGUCCUUGGCAGCAUCUUGGACGAUAAGACAGAACUUACUCGUCAUGACCUAAUCUCAAAGAUUAGUGAUGCCGGCAGAUACCUCCUUGGCACUCAAUAUGCCCUCUCCACAUAUAGGAGGAAGCAAGUAGCUGCCCGGACUCCACCUAUUUGGCCAACAUUCCUUUCUAAUAAGGAAGUUUCCAUUCAAGAGGGAAAAAAUAUUGACACUUCUAUUUGCGAACUGAUGCAAUUGGGCGCAAUAGAAAGAUGCAAUAGCGAUUCUGACCAAUUUGUAUCCCCAAUAUUUUUGGUUCCAAAACCAGACGGGUCUAAGAGAUUUAUCAUUAAUUUGAAACGUCUCAAUGAAUACCUCCAGUACUCCAAGUUCAAAAUGGAGGAUCUUAGGUCUGCAAUUCGUUUAAUGGAAAACGACUGCUACAUGACCACCAUUGAUCUAAAAAACGCUUAUUAUCUAAUAAGCAUUAGAAAAACUGAUCGUAAAUUUCUCCGAUUCAGUUGGAAAGGUCAAUUGUACCAAUUCAAUUGCCUUUGUUUUGGCUUAAGUUCAGCCCCAAGAACCUUCACUAACAUUCUGCGCCCAGUCAUGCGUUACCUCCGCAGGUCUGGCAUCAGGAAUGUCGUCUAUUUGGAUGACCUCCUUACAAUUGGAAACAGUUAUGAAAACUGCUUGUCAGCAACCGUGUCGACAAUCAGGAUUUUGGAAAAGUUGGGAUUCAUCAUUAACUAUGAUAAAUCCAAACUAAUCCCAUCAAAAUCUCAAAAAUUUUUGGGAUUCAUUCUCAACUCCUCCAACAUGACCGUUAAAUUGCCUGCAGAACAAGCUAUGCAUACAAUUCAUCUUUGCAGAAGGCUUCUUGCUAAAAAUACUUGCACAGAUCAACAACCGGCAGAAUUGACAGGCACACUUGUUGCCUGUUUUCCAGCAAUAAGAUAUGGUCCGUUGCACACCAAACUAUUUGAGCGUACAAAAUUCCUGACUCUGCUACAGAUGGAAAAUGAUUACAAAUCAAUUAUUUUCUUAAACGAAUACAUCCAAGAGGAUGUUCGAUGGUGGUUAACAUCAUUAACCAACCCAGUCUCUCCUAUACGAACAGACGUAAUAAACUAUGAGUAUGUUACUGAUGCGUCGUUAUCCGGUUGGGGAGCACAUUGCAAUGGAGUUGCGGUGAGCGGUUUAUGGGACGAGGAUGAUAAAAAGUUAUCCAUAAACUACUUAGAGCUCAAAGCUGCUUGGUAUGGACUUCGCAGUUUUGGCAAGUCCUGGUCUAAUGGCAAUAUCUUGCUGCGAAUAGACAACACUGCCGCUCUGAGUAAUAUCAAUAAAAUGGGUAGUAUUAAAUUUCCCCAUUUUAUGAAUCUCACAAUACUAAUUUGGAAUUUUUGUGAGUCAAGGAAUCUUUGGGUCAUUGCGUCAUACAUUCGCUCCAAAGACAAUGUUAUCGCAGAUUACUACUCCAGGGUGACUCAGACCGACACUGAGUGGAGUCUAUCGUCUCAAAUAUUUGACAAGAUUGUGAUCCAGAUUGGUUCGCCAAGCAUUGAUCUUUUUGCAACUGUCCAGAAUGCAAAAUGCCAAAAUUAUGUUUCCUGGAAACCAGACCCAUUUGCAUCCAAUAUUGAUGCUUUUACUUUUUGUUGGACCAACUUAAAGUUUUACGCUUUUCCUCCGUUCAGUAUGAUACUACGGGUUUUAAGGAAAAUUAAGACAGACCAAGCCACUGGCUUAGUCGUCGUCCCCAAUUGGGAGUGUCAACCUUGGUUUCCACUAUUCAAAUCCAUGUUGGUUCUUGAACCACUAUUAUUUGAACCUAAUAAAUUUCUUUUGCAAUUCGGCAGUUCUCCUCACCCUUUGUACCGUACACUUUCACUGAUGGCAGGAGUCUUGUCAGGGAAACGCUCAAGUCACGAGGACUCGAGGAUUCUUCUGACACCAUCAUCAACUCACUCUCCAAUUCGACAUGGAAACAAUAUGAAUCAUCUUUAA